AUGGCUGCCUAUCUAUCCGGGAUCAACCCGGACCAGUCCGCCCGCUUCAUCCUGGCUGAAGUCCCAGGUCUUUACUUAUACCUUCGCCCUUUCGCGUUAAAAAAGCCUCGAGUGGCUCUCCAGAAGUCCGCUGCGUCAUUGACGGGGAUUCACGGCAUCGCUGUAGCCCAUCAGGACUGGUCCGCGUACCGACGCGCUUCGGAAGAAGACGGUCGCGUCUUCCCUUCGGAUUCUUUCGAAGCGUUCUCUCGCCUGGGGACUUCCCUCCCUACCACCGAUGGCUCGUGUGGCUUUUCCCUCUCUCGGGGUACACCCCCUCCUACCCUAUGUGUUAAAACAUUUUGGGUACGCCGCGGUCGACCCCGGCCACCCCGCGCGCCCGCUCCUCAUGGACAACUGCGCAAAGGAGUGGGCAUGGUCCCUCGGGAGCGCCUUUAUGGCUGA